AUGGAUGGAAAUGCGGCUCCUCAGGUGACAGACCAGCAUUCACACGUGGAAUCUGUCAUGGAUCUUCCAGAUGUGGUUGAUUUGAACGAUGAUGAAAUGGUCUCCCACGAACUAGAGCAAAUGAGGAGCAUAUUGGAAGAGGCGAAUUUGGAAACGCGCAGCAUGCCACACGAAAAUCGACCGCAACUUUUCCGCAUAGCAAUACAUAAGCAACCGAAAUUGGGCUGUCGUGAGGGCUCUUAA